AACUGUUAACUGGUUAGCUCUAGGGCUAGGUAACUUAGCAAAACAAGUCCCACACAAACACAUCUUACCGAAGUGAGCGCAAACUGUCGAGCAGUGACAUCAGCUGUACAGUUAUAAGCCGACAAAGCUAUAAAACAGAGCAGUUUGUUGCUCAAUGUCGUUGUGCUCCUUGUCACUCUUGCGUUCCGACAGUCUUGUGUUAUUAGGCGCUGUUUUAUCCCAUCACAGGUUUGUCCACUAGUGUAACCAGCGAGCAAUGCAGUUUAAGGCAGAUUGACGAGAAUCAUUAGCGAGGUGGAUAGUGACACGAAUCGUAUCGGUUGUAUAGCUACUGUAUAAUCGAGUACUGAUCAGUCUCGUAUACAUUUGAUUUCGAUUUGAACGCUGUCGUCUGAAAAUGUGUUCCAGACAGCAUGAUAUUCGUCUCUAACGUUAGAUAAAUGCUGGAGGAUAAAUAGACAUGCCAAUGGUGACCAGAGCUCGGUUCCUUAUGAAACCUUGAACAAGCGCUUCCGAGCAGCUCAAAAGAAUAUAGACCGGGAGACCAGUCACGUGACAAUGGUGGUGGCAGAGCUGGAGAAAACACUCAGUAGCUUUCCAGUGGUGGAUACUGUAGUCUCUCUCCUGGAUGGGGUGGUUGAGAAGCUCAGCGCCCUCAAGAGAAAGGCAGCUGAGUCUAUCCAAGCAGAAGAUGAGAGUGCCAAGUUAUGUAAGCGACGCAUAGAGCACCUGAAGGAACAUAGCAGUGACCAGCCGGCCAGCGCCAACGUUUGGAAGAAGAAGCGCAUGGACCGCAUGAUGGUGGAACACUUACUACGAUGUGGCUAUUACAACACCGCAGUCAAGCUAGCCAGACAAAGUGGGAUUGAGGAUUUGGUCAACAUAGAAAUGUUUCUUACUGCAAAAGAGGUUGAAGAAUCUCUUGAACGUCAGGAAACGGCCACCUGUCUGGCUUGGUGCCACGAUAACAAGUCUCGCUUACGGAAAAUGAAAAGCUGUUUGGAGUUCAGUUUAAGGAUCCAGGAAUUUAUUGAACUCAUUCGACAAAACAAACGAAUGGACGCAGUAAGACAUGCACGCAAACACUUCAGCCAAGCAGAAGGAGGGCAGUUGGAUGAGGUACGGCAAGUGAUGGGCAUGCUGGCGUUUCCCUCAGACACGCACAUCUCACCAUAUAAGGAUCUUUUGGAUCCAGCUCGCUGGAAAAUGCUGAUCCAGCAAUUCAGAUAUGACAACUACAGAUUACACCAGCUGGGGAACAACUCCGUGUUUACAAUUACCCUGCAGGCAGGGCUGUCUGCCAUCAAAACCCCCCAGUGUUAUAAAGAGGAUGGCACUUCCAAAAAUCCAGACUGCCCUGUCUGCAGUAAGUCGCUGAACAAAUUGGCUCAACCUCUUCCCAUGGCCCACUGUGCAAACUCAAGGCUGGUGUGCAAAAUCUCUGGCGAGGUCAUGAACGAGAACAACCCACCCAUGAUGCUGCCUAAUGGCUAUGUUUAUGGAUACAAUUCUCUCUUGUCCAUUCGUCAAGAUGACAAGGUGGUAUGCCCCAGGACCAAAGAGGUUUUCAACUUUUCCCAGGCCGAGAAGGUUUAUAUUAUGUGAUGCGAGCUCCACAAAACUUCUGGAACUUUGCGGCACCAUCAUAGGCUGGGUGAAUCUCAUGUUGGCAUCAUUUGUCCAAGGGGGUCAAUCCUUCAGCUCUUGUUCCAUGCAAGUGAAAUUCAUUGACAAUAUGCCCUUGCCCUCAGCCGGCCUACAAGACCUUCACUGAACUGAACAGUUGUUCUGCGUGAAAUGGACUAUUUUGACGAGGGAGUUUUUUUUUUGGUGGUGUUUUUAAAAGGGUUGAUAGUUUGCCGUUUAACUGUUUUCUUUUCAGUAGUGUAAAACAAACCAACACGACUCCAUAUCAAUUUAUCACAAAGGAGCUUCUGCCUUGUAGUGUUAACAAAAUGAAUUAUUCAUUGUUGGUUUUUGAACAAGGGCACCCAUUUAGGUCAUUAUUUUUAGAUAGAUUGUGAGUAGGUAGUUGUAGAGAACAGUCUAUGAUGCCUUGCUUUUGCACCUGUGAAAUCUGUGACAACAUGCAUUUAUGUUAAUAUGAUGUUUUGGCUGACAUCCUCAGUUUAUAAAACGCUGUAGCAUUUAUAGCAAUACUGCUCUGCUCUGAUGUACAGACUACAAAGACAUGACAGUGUUCUUUUGUGUCAGGCUUUUGUUAAAGAAUCACAUUAGUUUACACUUAAACAGUACAUACUAAAUGGACUCAUGAACCUCUUAUAUCAUCAUUCAUCAAAUAAAACUUUGUUUGACCAAAGUCCUUUCAGGACAAGUAUGCAAGAUUGAAUUCUGAUGGAUAUGCAUACAUUUGAAGGAGUUUUUUUUUUUUAAUUUUAAUUUAAUUUUUUUAUAUAACUAAUGGUAUGUUGUUUUAUACAAAACAAUAUCAUAUGUUAUUAACUUCAUGCUGCAUUUAGUGCCGUUUUGUGACUAAAAGUUCAAUUGUAAAAUAGUAAAGCAGUUUUUGGUGUUUUGGAUCUCAGGGUAGAUUCAAAUCUUGCACAGUUUAUUACCUGGACUGAAGGUUUUUUUUUUUUUCGUUUUUUUUUUCCCCCCAUCAAUAUUUACAGUCUAUCCAGCUUUGAUACCCUCAUUUGUGAUGUAAAUGUCUUGUGUGAGGUUUUUUCUGCUGCAAAACUUAAUAUGGAUCUUUUCAAGUAUGUAGGCUAGUUUUACAAUUGUCUUACAGUAGAAUCUCCAAAUUCAUUGUAAGUAAAGUGUGUGUACAGUCAUUUUGAGCACAAUUUCCAAAGCAGGUUAUUGGUUAAAGAGGGUUUUGAUAAUGUUCCCCAUGCACACAACCCAAGAAAGUCUCAGGUUUCACAGGAUCAACAGCAGGUAACCAAUGGAGGGACGAGGAGGGGGCUGUCAAUGAAAGGCCCUCUGGUAUUUUAGUUUCACUUUAAUGUGCACCGACAUCCCUUCCUGUUGGAAAUGAUUCUCCGUGUUUAACUGUAAUUGUGGAAAGACUUGCUUAGAAACUGCGCAUGCAUGUGUAUUUUGGUAGGAUAGAUGGGUUGUUCGUGUCGAAUUGCCAAUAAAGAUUGAUUUGAUUAUA